AUGGCGAAUGAACAUCCCGCGACCAUCAAGCCUCUCGCAACCUUCGUCCAAAACUUGAAGGACCCCGAACAGGACGUCGACCUGCUAUACUGUCUCACGGGCAUGGCUCCUUUACUCAAAAUUCCACUUGUGACAACGGCCAUGUCAAACUCCACUCGAAGUCGACAUAAGCAAGCUUACCGGCAUUUGAACAAGAUCCGCGAGAGCUUUGGGGAGAUUGCCUACUACAUAUGUCUGUUCGCCUCUUCAAUUACCGCACUCGGUGUUAAGACAGAGACAAGUGGAUUUGAUGCCUCCUUCCGUGAAUGGUUCGACCAAGUUCAGCAUGAGAUACCAGAUGAUUUUGAAAUCCAAGCGGGCAAAGCAGUUGAAGACCAUCUCGCAGGCAUAUCAUCCAUUCACAAACGACAACGUGCCUCAACAGAGUCGAGCAAACUUGAGAGUCCGCUCAAGAAACUUAGGCACAGUGGAGUUGCCGAUGCGAUGUCGAUUGGAAGGGUGAAUCAAGGCUCAAGGAAAGGCGAUGCCCGUGGUUUUGGUGCCAUCAAACCCGCUUCACUUGCAUCUCGAGGCACCACAACACCGACACCUGUGCAUCGGGAGGAGCUUCUCAUCGGCCAAGAUAUGAUGACUGGCGAAGUUGAUGAUUUCCACCUCCCAUUUUAUUAUGACCAUGUGACCUCCGAAGUCAUCGCUGCCAACAAUAUCCACCGUCUCGGAGGUGGCGCUGUUAUGGAUGUAAACAACGGCAUCUUCGGAGUUCCGCAUGUCUACCAGCAGAAACACAACGUCUGCGUUCGGUUCAUAUGUGUCCAGAUCACCUAA